GCCGGGGCUGGACGGGCACCGCGGAGCCCAGCGCCGGGCUCACCCCUUUGUCCCCGUUCGUUUCCCCCGUCGCGGGGAGGCCAUUUUACCAAAACCACGAGGAAAUGAAGCAAAAAGGGGGUUACAGGGCACGCACAGCCGGGUGGAACCGCGCAGAGCCCCGCCGGGCGCUUCGCUGAGGGCCGCCCCUCCAUGGAGGCGGGCGGGAUGCCCGAGGGGACCCCCGGGGCGGAGGGGCGGGAGCGCGGCGGCCCCGCCGCCCGGGAGGAUCCCACAGAACGCUUCCCGCCGCUGCCGGGGAAGUGACGUCCCCGCCGGUCCCCCGGAAGAGCUGCCGGGACCCCUCCGCAGCCAUGUAGGGCCCGCAGCCGGGGCGGGACGCGCGGCCGCCGCCAUGGACGGCAGCGGCGCCGCGGCCCCGGCGGGGCCGAACCUGCCCAACCUCACCCCGCGGCACCGGCAGCUCAUCCCCACGCCCUGCGGYCCCAUAAAACCAUGUUCAGAGCUCUCAUUCCCUGUGAAGAUCUACUUUUGUGUCACUAUUUUGUCCCUGCUGAGUGUCAUAGGCCUGACCAUAGAGACACUGGUCCGCCAGACUGAGGAGGAUUUCACCAUUUCCUUCAUUCAACUGGUUGGAGUUGUGUUCUGUGUGUAUUAUGUGAGCAGGGGGAUCCUGCAGGAGAACCGCCAGGAGCUCAUUGUCUUCGUGCUCUCCAUCCUGCUGGUGAUGUUCCGCUCCAUCAUCAACUUCACCGUGCUCCCUGCUGAGCAGAAGCCCAAACUCCUGGCCCGUUUCGUGCUGAUCCUGCUGGUGGGCUCCUUCGAUGUGAUCUGUGCCAUCAUCCUCAUCCAGAGCCAGUCCAUGAUGGCAUUCCGGGUGGGAGGUGCCCUGGAGAGCCUCCARUCCCAGUACUUCAUGCUCAACCUCUGCUUUUCCAUGCUCACUUUUGACCUGCAGGCACAGCUGUGCCUGUGCAUCCUGCUGAUCAGCCUGCACGAGGUCACCCUGCUGCACAACGUCAUCUCAGCCACRGGCGUGGUGUGGGGCUGCCUCAAGGUCACCGUGGGCAUCAUUGCAAUUUUAAAAGAGCUGAAAGCUCUGGUGUGGGUUUUUCUGAUUCAGAACGUGCCUGAGGUGGUUUAUCUCAUCUACCUGCUCUACACGGUGAUCAAGGAGUGGGGCAAAGGCAAUUCUUACACCCUGGAGGCCGCUUUCAUCACMGGCUCCUGCAUUUCUGUCGCAAUCAAAUCCGUUCUGUUCUGGGCUCUGGUUCAYGUCUACCGCAGCUUCGGGCAGGGGCUGAGGGAGAGAAUGUUUUCUUCCUAUGGAAGGAUCGACUCCUGAGCCCUCCCCCUGGAGUGGGGUCACACCAGGGAGCUCCUGACCAAGGACCUGCCUUCAGGGUGGACAGGAUUUCAAGGACAGAGGCUCAGGAAGAUGUCACACAUUUCCUGGAGCACUGCAGGUGGGCCAGAUUUCAAAGAGCAAAAAUGUGCUCUAGAAAUUGCCAGGUGAUCCUCUCACUCCUGUGAGUUCUGCUAAAAGGACAAAGCAUCUUUCACUCCUCCUUUUCCUGCUGCUGCUUUGGAUGGAGCCACAGGGGGUUCACAGGUGGGAACUCCUGAUGAACAAAGACAAUGGGUCACUUCCCCAGAAUGGAGAAGGGUCAGGAAGAUGUCACACAUUUCCUGGAGCACUGCAGGUGUAAAAAGUAAAACAUGCUGGGGAAAUUGCCAGGUGAUCCCCUCACUCCUGUGAGUUCUGCCAGGACAAAGCAUUUUCACUCCUGUUGCUGCUGCUGCUUUGGGUGGAGCCACAGGGGGCUCACCGUUGCCUGUGAUCAGAAAUGUUGCUCCUGUCAAUGCUUUUUGCCUGGAUAAGCACAAAUAUCACGAAGGAAAUUUGCACUUCCAUCGUCUGUACCCCAGCCUGGAAGUGGAUUGUGCUGCCAUCAUUUCUGCUGAGCAGGUCUGAAUUGUUCUGGUGACAGUUGUGUCCCCUGGCUGGGGCUCUUCUCCCUCCUCUGGCUGCAGAAUAUUUCAAUUUUUUUUUUAAUUUUUAACCCCAGCUACACAUGGAAGCUCCUCGCUGUAAGUUCACCCCUCCCUCAGUGUAAYCAUGGUGCCAUUUCAUCCUGGGGGGACUGUUAAAACAAAGCCUUUAACAGUGUAAUUUAAAAGUUUGCUAUUUUAUUGACUGGAACCUUUAACUACUGGCUAUUUUUUAAUAAAGUAUAAGCACAGUU